AUGUACUUGCAUGACCCGCAGAAUGCUAAGAAUUUAGUCACUGAGCUGAAAUUUGUUGACAUAGAUUACUCUAUGUUUAAAAAUAUCAAGACAGAACCACUGGAUGAGCUUGCUGGUAUUGAGAGAGGAUACGAACAGUAUUUAGAUCAGAAUUUUGUUUCUGAUGAAGAAUCGCCGUCAAAUAGCGAAGAUUCGAUGUCACAGGACUCACGACCGUACAGUCUUGGAAGUGACGGUGCCGGAGACUUCUUUUUACCGUUACUGAAUACACUACCGAAAAAAUCCGAUCCCACGACCCUCAAAAACCUGAGAGAAUUUAGACCGGCAUUAAAAAGGCACAAGGAUAAGGAUUCGAACGAAGGCACGAAUGAAAAACAGUUCAAGCCUUCUUCUAGCGAACCUCAGCCUUCGACUUCGACAGCCACAGAUGAGUCAAAAAACGUAAAACUUGCCACAUUGCCCCAACUUCGUGGGCAAGUGGCAAGAGAAAUGAAAGUAAUGAAAAUAACGCUAAAGGAUAUAUUAAAAAAAUUACAUCAGAAAACAGAAUAA